AUGUUUGAUGGUGGCCACUAUAGUAGCGAUGACGAUGACGAUGACGAUGAACUUCAUCUUUAUGGCAAUGAAAAUGCACCAGCUCAAGAUGUCGCAGUCGAAAACGUGAUUGACGAGGAUUCUGCGGAUGAAUUGGCUGCCUUGGAUGCUGCUGUUAACCAUAACAUUCGAAAUGGCGUCAGACAGUUUCUCCGAAUCUUAAGCCGAAGGGUUAGUGCCGGUAAUCGCGCUAUCAAUGUUGAGCAUGAUUCUUCCGAUGAAACAGGCGAUGAAGAUGAAGAACCCGAACAAGAAGCACACGAUGGCGAACCUAAUAGGAAUUUUGAUGUGCAUGAAUCCUCCAAGCAUCAGUAUUUGUUCAAACCAGCACAUGCCUCAGAAGAAGUUGAUAUGGGAGCUACGAUGUGGCUUCAGCCUGGGAAGGAACACCUUGUACCCUUCAUAAGUUGGGAUUUGGUUGUCUUACCAGGUUAGAA